CUCUCCUCCCCCUAUUUUUUUUUUUUUUUUCGAUUUUCUUUUUAUUCUCCUCGCUUUCGAUUGCGCGGUCCUCUCGCGAUCGAAGCUUCAAAAAGGAAAUUUAAAUCCAAAUAAAGCUAAACAUAUUCGGAGAAUCCGUCCUCUUUCCCACUCUGUAUAUAGGAAUCGAAGGGAAAGUUUGGAGAUUAGGAUCAAAACCCUCGGAAGAAGCCCCUUUGGAUGUUGAUUUUGGGGGAGAUUUACGAGGGUUUAAGUUACUUAGAUCGAUGAUGAGGGUAAUCCGUGAUUCUGGAGACGCCAUGCAGGAGGAGGCGGUUCGAAUGGUCUCGUCGGAUGUUAAUUUUGCAAAGGGCCAAUUUCCCGAGUAUAAGAUAGGAGCAAACAAUAUGAUCAUUGAGCCGGAAAAGAGUUCGGAGGUUAUCCCUCUUAAGGAGAUUGUCGCUAGGGAGACGGCUCAGCUUCUCGAACAGCACAAGCGGCUCUCUGUUCGUGACCUCAAGGAGAAGUUCGAGAAGGGUCUGUUGGGCGCCAACAAACUCUCCAAUGAGGCCAAGUGGAGAGAAGUGGCAUCUUUGGAUAGGCAAGUCCUUUUAAAGAAGCUCAGGGACACUUUGGAAUCUCUGAGGGGGCGAGUGGCUGGUCGUAAUAGAGAUGAUGCUGAAGAAGCAAUCUCACUGGUGGAAGCAUUAGCAGUUCAACUGACCCAAAGAGAAGGAGAGUUGCUUCACGAAAAAGCAGAAGUUAAAAAGCUAGCAAAUUUUCUUAAGCAGGCUACUGAAGAUGCUAGGAAGGUGGCUGAAGAAGAAAGGGCUAUUGCUCUUGCUGAAAUUGAAAAAGCCAAGGCAGCGAUAAAAAGAGUUGAGCAAGCAUUGGAGGAACAUGAACUCAGCACCACUAGUACUGAGAAUCAGGAAUUGGAAGAAUUGCGAAAAGAGAUUCAAGAGGCUAGACGAAUCAAAAUGUUGCACCAGCCAAGCAGGGUAACGGACAUGGAGCAUGAACUUCGAGCACUGCGGAAGCUUGUUUUAGAGAAGACUCAGCUUUGUAUUCAACUAAAGAAAGAGCUUGCAAUGAUCAAAAAACUUGAGGAUGAAGGCCCUCAUCUCUAUGAGCUUGAAGGUUCUGAAAGUCUAGGCUCAUGCUUACGCAUUGUAUGUCGAAGUGAUAGUGCACCAGGAAUCUUAAAUUAUUCAAUUCAGUGGUACCGUGUAAAUGCUGAAGGAAGCAGGAAAGAAAUAAUCUCAGGAGCAACAAAAGAAAUUUAUGCUCCUGAGCCUUUUGAUGUCGGAAGGAUUUUGCACGCAGAGAUGAAUUUAAAUGAUCAAAGGAUCACAUUGAUGACAAUGAGUCCAAUAGAUCCUGCUGCAGGAUUGGAAAGUUAUGUGGAGGCACUCUCUAAGAAGUCUGAUAGUGAAUUCAAUGUGGUAGUUACCCAAGCAAAUGGUCGAGAUUAUGCAUCGAAUUCGGUCCAUGUGUUUCAUGUGGGAAAGCUUAGGAUAAAGCUUCGUAAAGGGAGGUCUACAAAGGCAAAAGAGUCAUAUUCCGCAUCAAUGCAGCUCUGUGGGGUCCGAGGCGGUGGUAAUGCUGCAGCUAAGGCAGUGUUCUGGCAAUCUAAGAAAGGCUUGUUCUUCACCUUAGCUUUUGAAACAGAGAGAGAAAGGAAUGCCGCAAUUAUGCUCGCUCGCAAGUUCGCUUCUGAUUGCAAUGUUUUGCUUUUGGGGCCGGAUGAUCAAGCUCCAGCUGGGACCUGAUAAACUAAUCUGUUGCACUUCUAUACUAAUGUAUUGUAUAUUGAGGCUGCUUUUGAAUUGUGUAUUUGCUGAUUGCUAUAGGUAAAACAAAAAAAGCAGAUUUGAGUUUUGAGUUUUUUUUAAAUCUUUUUUUUUUUUUUUUUUUUUUUUUUUUUCUGAUUGUGUUUAGUACCAGGGCAUCUUUUUACUUGCCUUAUAAUUUGGUUGUAACCGGUUUGUUCAUUCGCAAGCCCUUAUAUAUAGAUUUUCUUUUUCUUGUGCACUAUAUUUUCUUUUCCUUAAUACCAUUGUGUAAUCAACAAAGAACUU